AUGCCUGGAAGAAGGAGCUCCCCUCCCCCCUGGGGACACCGUCUGGGGAGCCGUCCUUCGGCCCCUGCCUGCCGGGUCUGGGGGUCCCGGUCCGGCCCAGCCCGGGAGCCGACUCGGCCGUCGCCUCUACUGUGCCGUGAUAUGGCCCUGCAGAACGCCCUGUACACGGGAGACCUGGCGAGGUUGCAGGAGCUGUUUCCCCCGCACAGCACAGCCGACCUGGUCCUGGAGCACCGGGCCGCCGAGCCUCGUUGGAGCAGUCACCAGAGGGGACUCUGGUCUCUGACGUACGAAGAGGAGCUGACCACCCCGCUGCACGUGGCGGCUAGCCGGGGCCACACGGACGUUCUGCGGCUGCUGCUGAGGCGGCGGGCAAGGCCCGACAGUGCCCCCGGGGGCCGCACCGCCCUGCACGAGGCCUGUGCCGCGGGCCACGCUGCCUGUGUCCACGUACUGCUGGUGGCAGGAGCCGACCCCAACAUCCCUGACCAGGACGGCAAACUCCCCUUGCACCUCUGCCGGGGGGCUGGCACCCUCGAGUGCGCAGAACUGCUCCUGAGGUUUGGGGCGAAAGUGGAUGGCCGGUCUGAGGAGGAGGAGGAGACCCCUUUGCAUGUGGCCGCCCGGCUGGGCCACGUGGAACUGGCGGAACUCCUUCUGAGACGGGGGGCGUGCCCGAAUGCCCGGAAUGUCGAAGGCUGGACCCCACUGCUGGCUGCCUGUGACAUCCGCUGCACAUCCUCCGCCGAGGCCGAGGCCACCACCGCCUGCUGCCUCCAGCUGUGCCACCUGCUGCUCUCGGCUGGAGCCGAGGCCGAUGCUGCCGACCAGGACAAGCGCCGGCCCCUGCACCUGGCCUGCCGCCGUGGUCACGCGGCCGUCGUGGAGCUGCUCCUGUCCUGCGGUGUCAGUGCCAAUGCCAUGGACUAUGGGGGACACACGCCCCUGCACUGCGCUCUACAGGGCCCAGCUGCGGCCUUGGCCCAGAGCCCAGAGCACGCAGUGCGAGCUCUGCUUAACCAUGGUGCCGUCCGUGUCUGGCCUGGGGCCCUCCCCAAGGUGCUGGAACGCUGGUGCACGUCUCCGAGGACCAUUGAGGUCCUGAUGAACACCUACAGCAUCACGCAGCUUCCCGAGGAGGCCAUGGCCCUGGUGCCUCCUGAAACUCUGCAGAAGCACCACCGUUUCUACUCGUCCCUUUUCGCCUUGGUGAGACAGCCCAGAUCCCUGCAGCACCUGAGCCGCUGUGCCCUCCGUGCCCACCUGGCAGCCUGCCUGCCCCACGCCCUCCCCCGCCUUCCCCUGCCACCCCGCCUGCUCCGCUACCUACAGCUGGAUUUUGAGGACGUACUCUACUAG